CUGUUCUCCAUUCGAGUGCCAACCAUAACCCACCACCGUCAGCUCUGAUACCAGUUUGAUGGAACCCAGCACCUUUACAGAUCUCUACUCAACUUAAACGCACACACACAACUCAAAUGCAACAAUACAAUAUAACCAAGCACACAUUCAUCAAGAUUCCAACACCAAAUCCAACCACAACUCAGAAUAAUGGAAAAUGCUAUAUUGAUAAUGGUAAAGAGUUAAGGAAACAAAGGUUGCUGAAAUGAAACAGUAAACAAAAACACCACUGGUCUUCGAGGGCCAGUACCUCCCACAAUCAAUUCAUGAAACAACAAAAAUGACAUCCUCUUCUGUGGUACCACUACUCUUUUAUUCUGACACCAAAUCCUAACUAACAGGACACCUGUCUUUGGUGAUUUACCCCUUUUGCCCUUGUCUUCCCUUGCUUGUCCUGCGUGAGUACCAGCUGUGUAUUUCGGGUCCAUCAAGUUCUAGGAUAUAUAUUGAUUUAUCUGUUUGUUAAGUGAGCUAUAAGAAAAUUACAAAUGAUGGUGCAACUUAGUUGAAAAAUCUUGGUAAAUUCUUCCUUUCAAAUUGACAUGUAGAAGUUCACUUUUUUGUCCAACCAGAUAUGACUAACCUUUUAUACAUGAAUGUUUAGGAAAACUAGUGCAACAUAUAGUUCUACUCCAUCGUCAUCGGUCAUCACAACAUAAUUAUCUGUUCUUUUAGGAUGACAAGUAACUGCCUGAAUAUUGGAUAAACUAGGUACAUCAAAGGCUACCUAUUAAGGUUCAAGCUCCACUUGGUUCCAAAUUUAUUAAAAUAUUAUCACAAUUUAUUCCUUAAGGAGAAUUUAAUGCUAACUUCUACGGGCACAUCUGUUUCUACUGAAAAUGCUAAUGGCUCUAUGCAUGUGUCUUCAGGUAAUCUCACUUUGCUGGAAAGAAGGCUCUUCAAAAUCUGGACUGGUAGGCAUGAAAAAGGUUGCAAAAGGCUACAAAGAUGGGAAGAGGGUUGGGUUCGUGAAAUUAUCACCAGGUAUUGAUCUUUAUGUUUACCCUCAUAGUGACAGCAUAAUCACAAUACUUGCAAAGCAUGGUUUCUUCAAGGGCAUGGCUGCUGUUGUAGACAACCAAGACUCUUUGAUUGGUUGUGUUGUAUGGCGAAGAAAUAUAGCAUCUGCUAAUUCUGCUGCAAAGAAAUCUGACGGAAAGAUUUGUUCCUCAUCAGGACACCUUCUCAACUCUUCAUCAAACUCUUCUAGGAAAAUAUCCAUAAGAAAAGAUUUGUGUUGUAAACAAUCAACUCAGGAUCCCAUUCCAGUUGCAUCAGAAACUAAGAGCACCACUCAUGAGAGUGCAGGAAACUGUGGAAAUGGAGGCAAACAUCAAAAGACAAGUGAAGUUGAACUUGAAUUGCAUAAUUCUUCUGCCAGUGCUAAUCUGUCUCUGACACCUUCAGUUCUGAAUCCUGAAUCAUUUUUGCAAUCCAAAGGUUCUAAGGAAUCUGCCUCUCUCCAGAGCUCAGUGGCACAGCCUGAAGUUGAAACACCACUUAUACAACACAAGUCAAGCAUAGAAGAGAGACCCGAACCAGUUUUGGAACUUCAGAAACCUGUUUUGUCUCUCUCAUCUAAGUUCGCAAUGCAACCUAUACGUACUCUUGACAAUGAUGACCUUCCUGAAUUUGACUUUAGAACUGAAUGUGGCAUAUCUCAUCCAAUGAGCAAACCUUUGGAUUCUGUGACUGUUGAGAAGAAACUUCCAGCUGAAGGAUUAAGGAAAAUGGAUUGGUCGUUGCAGCCGGCCAUGUCAAUGGUAAAGUCACUAUCAGCUUUCAAACAACCAAGAUUGGAAAUUUUCAAUCUUCCUAGGCUUCCACUGGAUGCCAUUCAGAGAAUGCCUCUGCUGAAGGAAGUUUCUGUAAAUGGAGAAAAACAAAACACUCAAAGCAGAUGUAUUAUGCAACCAGUUAGUGCAACUGCAUCAAAGAAUCUUUUCAAUGAUGAUGACGACGACGACGACGACAUGCCUGAAUGGUGCCCACCAAAUGUGGAGCUUUGCAAACGAUCAGUAGCACCAAAUGCAGAGCUUCGCAAACGAUCAGUACCACAGCCCACGACUUUGGUCCACUCAGAAGUACCUAACUCAGCAUUUCAAAGUUCCUCUGCAAGCUAUCCGAGUCGGGUUGAGCUUUGCAAACAAUCAGUACCACAGCCCACGACUUUGGUCCACUCAGAAGUUCCUAACUUAGCAUUUCAAAGUUCUUCUGCAAGCUAUCCAAGUCGGGUUGAUUAUCCUACUUUUACCCAACCAUUCCCUCAAGCAUUCCCUCGAGGUAAUCAUUGCUCCAUAAACAUUACUAUGAAACUGAUGCAGCCAAGAUCCACUGAAACGUUUGUACCAAGGGGCUUCAAUGCAAAUCCUGCUUUGAGGCCACCUCCCAACGUAUUUUCUGUCUAUCAUCCCGUCCACCCAACAGGAUGGAGAGGUUGGAGGCCAUGAUACUGGCAGUGCUGUGAAUCUAGUGUCCUGCAACUCUUUAUUAGUAGCGUUAGAAGUCAAAGAUUUCCAAAACUCCUGGUUGAGAUAGACAUUACAUAGUCAAAGCCCCAGUUUUUAAGAAAGGCCAAUUUGUAUAUAAGCAACAAACUAAUCUGCUGGUUCUGGCACGAAAAGUUGAAUUUUACAGUUUUUGAGACCCUUGACUUCUACAAUAUACAGAAUCAAGUACCAUUAUAGUCUUUCUCACUAAAACAGCUGAUUUUUCUGAUCAAAUUAGUUGAAUGUGACGAUAUUAA